CCAUCACACACUUGAAAUCUGUUUUCGUUUCAAUUCCGCGACGAUGCCAAUUUCUAGAAGCUCUCCGGCGACGCGCCUCAGCAGGUCGGCCGUCGCAGCGCUUAGGGCAACCGCCAGGGCUCCUCCAACCCCACCACCAUCCUCCCCUGCGUUCCGCUCCGCCUCCGCCACGAGUCUCUAUGCUCGUCCCUUAACUCCUAACCUCAAUGCCAACACAAUUUCUUCUCCUUCAGUCUCCUCAUCAUGCAUCCGCUCUUACUCCUCCGCCGCCUCUUCUCAGAUUAGCAACUCCGAGUUCACUGAAAUGGCGUGGGAUGGAAUUCUCGGAGCUGUGGAUGCUGCAAAAGACAGCAAACAUCAAGUGGUGGAGACUGAGCAUCUCAUGAAAGCUCUUUUGGAGCAGAAGGAUGGCCUUGCUCGGAGGAUAUUCACCAAGGCUGGUGUUGACAACACUUCGCUGCUGCAGUCCACUCACGACUUCAUAUCUCAGCAGCCUAAGGUCUCCGGGGAUACAACCGGGCCUAUUGUGGGCCCGCACUUCACUUCUCUCUUGGAGAAUGCUCGCAAAUGUAAAAAGCAAAUGGGAGAUUCAUUUUUGUCUGUUGAGCAUCUGGUCUUGUCGUUCCCUUCGGAUAAAAGAUUUGGGCAAAAGCUGUUGGCCAAUCUCCAGCUAACUGACAAGGCUUUGAAGGAUGCUGUUGAUGCCGUGCGCGGCAGUCAAAGAGUGACCGAUCAGAAUCCAGAAGGUAAAUAUGAGGCACUUGAGAAAUAUGGGAAUGACUUAACUGAGCUUGCCCGGCGUGGAAAGCUCGACCCAGUUAUUGGACGUGAUGAUGAGAUACGCCGCUGCAUCCAAAUAUUAUCUCGUCGAACAAAGAACAACCCUGUUAUAAUUGGGGAACCUGGAGUUGGAAAAACUGCAAUUGCUGAAGGGUUAGCUCAAAGGAUUGUCCGUGGAGAUGUUCCAGAACCUUUGCUAAAUCGGAAGUUGAUCUCUCUGGACAUGGGUUCUUUGCUCGCUGGUGCAAAGUUUCGAGGGGAUUUCGAGGAAAGGUUAAAGGCUGUCCUGAAGGAAGUGACGGCUUCUAAUGGGCAGUUCAUAUUGUUUAUUGAUGAAAUUCACACUGUGGUUGGAGCAGGGGCUACUGGUGGUGCUAUGGAUGCUGGAAAUUUGUUGAAACCCAUGCUUGGCCGUGGGGAACUGAGAUGCAUUGGCGCCACCACACUGAAUGAGUACAGGAAAUACAUUGAGAAGGACCCUGCUUUGGAACGUAGAUUUCAACAAGUAUUUUGCGGACAACCAUCUGUGGAAGACACAAUUUCUAUUUUGCGUGGGUUACGGGAGCGUUAUGAACUUCACCAUGGGGUGAAAAUAUCAGACAAUGCUCUUGUAUCAGCAGCAAUUCUUUCGGAUAGAUACAUCACAGAGCGCUUUCUACCUGACAAAGCCAUUGACCUUGUAGAUGAAGCUGCUGCAAAGCUGAAAAUGGAGAUCACAUCGAAGCCUACUGAGUUGGAUGAGAUAGACAGGGCAGUGCUCAAGUUGGAGAUGGAAAAGCUGUCUCUUAAAAACGACACAGCCCCAUCUUCAAAAGAGCGAUUGAUGAAGCUCGAACAUGAUUUGGUGGCUCUAAAACAAAAGCAAGGGGAGUUAAACAAACAGUGGGAAAAUGAGAAAAUUCUUAUGAACCGAGUUCGGUCAAUUAAAGAAGAGAUUGACAGAGUUAACCUAGAGAUGGAAGCUGCUGAGCGUGAAUACAACCUGAGUCGUGCUGCUGAACUCAAGUAUGGUACAUUGAUGGCACUCCAGCGCCAGCUUGAAGAAGCUGAGAAAAACAUUGCUGAUUAUCGGACAUCUGGAAAGUCAUUACUAAGAGAGGAAGUUACGGAUCUUGACAUAACUGAGAUAGUAAGCAGAUGGACUGGCAUACCACUAUCUAAUCUUCAGCAGACUGAGAGAGAGAAGCUCGUUUUGCUAGAGGACGUUCUCCACAGAAGGGUUGUUGGGCAGGAUAUGGCAGUGAGAUCUGUAGCUGAUGCAAUAAGACGUUCGAGGGCAGGGCUUUCUGACCCAAAUCGCCCUAUUGCAAGCUUCAUGUUCAUGGGGCCAACAGGUGUUGGUAAAACUGAACUAGCAAAAACUCUUGCUGGGUACCUUUUCAACACUGAGAAUGCACUUGUAAGAAUUGAUAUGAGUGAAUAUAUGGAAAAGCAUGCAGUUUCACGUCUGGUUGGUGCACCCCCAGGCUAUGUUGGGUAUGAAGAGGGUGGACAGUUGACAGAAGUGGUUCGGCGAAGGCCAUAUUCAGUGGUGUUGUUUGAUGAAAUCGAGAAGGCACAUCAUGAUGUUUUCAACAUCCUGUUGCAGCUCUUGGAUGACGGAAGGAUAACCGAUUCUCAAGGACGGACUGUGAGUUUCACUAAUACGGUUCUGAUCAUGACAUCAAACAUCGGAUCUCAUUACAUCCUCGAUACUCUUAGAAACACAGAGGAUAGCAAGGAUGCAGUAUAUAAUGUGAUGAAAAGGCAGGUGGUGGAACUAGCAAGACAAACUUUCCGUCCAGAGUUCAUGAACCGGAUUGAUGAAUACAUUGUUUUCCAGCCUCUGGACUCGGAACAAAUCAGUAAAAUUGUUGAAAUUCAGCUGGAUCGUGUGAGAGGCAGACUGAAACAGAGGAAUAUCAACUUGCAGUACACGGAGGAUGCGGUUAAAGUGCUGGCAACUUUAGGGUUCGACCCCAACUUUGGUGCGAGGCCAGUGAAGCGGGUGAUUCAACAGAUGGUUGAGAAUGAGAUAGCUAUGGAAAUCUUAAGGGGUGAAAUCAAGGAAGAAGAUUCAAUUGUUCUUGAUCGGAUCCCGGAUGCUCAGGAUAACAACCGAUUGUGUAUCAAAAAAGUGGAAAACCUAGCCCAUGAUGCCAUGGUUGCAAGCAACUAGUGUUUUGCUUGGGUGGAGUGUGUUCAUAGAUUAGUUUGGAGAUGAGAAUUCAGAAUGUAGUGGUUUUUGUGUAUUAAGUGAACUUUCUUUAUUCAGGUGAUGGAUAACUGAUGGUUAAGGCCACUAUAAUAAUGUUAGUUUUAUGGUUCCA